AAGAAAUUAUAAGCGACUUGGCUUUGCCGAAGACAAAGUUUGCAGGGACAAUCACGGAAAAUCAAAGCGACGAAAUUCCUCCGCGCAGCGCGCCAUUGACUGUAAAGACCUUUCAACUUCACAAAAACUGAAAUUGAGAAACGUUCUCUUGUGUGGAAACUUUGUCACGACGAGUGCGAUAGGCGGGGAUCAUGUGUCGUGACGAAAUGACGGUAAAGGACUAAGUUAACGUGAACUGGCAACGAUGGCUCGCCCGAGGCGGCAUUUUUCGCUCGAGAUUUCCAUGUAAAAUGCAGUUUGUGCUGUAGUUGACUAGUGCUCCGCGCGCUCCCGUUCUGCGUCCCUCAACUCGCCUUACGAUCCUGCAGCGCGAUAUGGAUGAAUAUGGCGAGGAUCCGAGCAAAAUGUUGGAAAACCUUUCCAUAUAUGACGUUUACCAGGACGGAAUAUACGGGGAGCCGAAACCAGAGAUGGGGUUUAAGUCGGGUGCGCUACCUGAGCAGAAAAGUAAGCGAAUGAAUGGCAGCUCCUCACUCGCGCCUGGGAACAAAGUCUACGGCGCGGCACCGGUGCGCUCCGUCAACGGUAACCGACCCUCAGUGCCUUUGGAUUUCUGUUCUCCGCAAAGGGAAGCGGUGUAUCCCGAGCCCGAAUUGUAUUGCACCAAAUCUGAAGUUGCCUUGCCGUGUUACACCGGAGCGUCCGACCGGCUCAGGAGAUAUACGCACGCGGAGGUGCAGGGACACCGGUACAGCACCGGCUGCGCGUACGACGGGCUCAUUCUGGGCAAACAGGUGCCCGUUUCGGGAGUAAGAAGCAAUAGCAUGUGCAUAGGCAGUAACCCUGAUGGCAGGUACCCGACCACGAGCCCCCGGUCCAGUUUGGCUUCGUCCCACUCAUCUCAAGAUCAGAGCAAGCACACCAGUCCGAGGUCCAGCAUCAGCAGCCCGCGGUCCAGCCUGGUGUCACCCGGACACCAGGAGGGGAACAGCGUGAUCAGUCCCCGGUCCAGCUAUGCGAGCACGGCCAGUGACACCAGUAAACAUUCCAGCCCCAGAACCAGCCUGAACAGCUACGACUGCGGGAGCAAACCGAGCAGUAACCGAACCAGCGGCAUCAGCAUGGGCUACGAUCAACGACACAUCAGCCCCAGGUCUAGCACCGCCAGCCAGUAUUCCAGCACCACGAGUCCGCGCUCUAGCUAUUCGGAAUCGCGCUUCAUGCCUGCGGGUAACCACGAGCCGGAGGGCACCCCGGUGCACGGCAUACCCGUGACCAGCCCCCGGUCCAGCAUCUGCAGCCAGGACGUGGGUGCUCGACCCGUCGGGGUGUCCAACUGCGUGGUCAGCCCCCGGUCGAGCAUCUCCAGCCAUAGCUCCAGAAGCUCACGGAGCUCCCGGGGAUCCAUGAGCGCGUAUCCCGAGCUCCAGCUGCCCUCGCCGCGGUCAUCCAUACAGGAGGACGCGCUGCUGCAGGACUUCACGGAGCCAAACGGCCUCCAUAAUAACCGCACCCACCUCCAGACGUUCCCCGUGCUGGAAGAGCCGCAACAGCCGAAUUCAGACGUGAACAUCGCGUUCAGUUAUGGGAAAACGGGCGCCGCGGGGCAGCGUUUCAAGCUGCCGUACCAGGUCACUCCAUCCCGGGACAGCGGCCCCAGUCAGGCGGAGAGGCGCCUGGAGGCCCUCACCCUGGAGCUGGAGAAAGAACUUGAGAUGCACAUGAAAAAGGAAUAUUUCGGUAUUUGUGUAAAGUGUGGUAAAGGUGUUUAUGGAGCGAGUCAAGCGUGUCAGGCGAUGGGGAACCUUUAUCACACUAAUUGCUUCACCUGCUGCUCAUGCGGGCGGAGGCUACGAGGGAAGGCUUUCUAUAAAAUUGACGGAAAGGUUUACUGUGAAGAGGACUUUCUGUAUUCCGGAUUCCAGCAGACGGCGGAAAAAUGCUUUGUGUGCGGUCACCUCAUCAUGGAGAUGAUCUUGCAGGCGCUGGGUAAGUCGUAUCACCCGGGCUGUUUCCGCUGUGUGGUGUGUAAGGAGGGGCUGGAUGGAGUUCCUUUCACCGUUGAUGUGGAGAACAACAUCUACUGUGUGAAAGACUACCACACGGUUUUUGCUCCUAAAUGUGCCUCGUGUAGCCAACCCAUCCUCCCGGCACAGGGUUCAGAAGAGACCAUACGAGUGGUGUCCAUGGAUAAAGAUUACCAUGUGGAAUGCUAUCACUGUGAGGAUUGUGGUUUGCAGUUGAAUGAUGAGGAGGGGCAUCGCUGUUACCCUCUCGAGGGGCAUCUGCUGUGCCAUCGAUGCCACCUGCACCGGCUAAAGAUCACUAUUCAUGCCCACCCACCCCCAAGUUACCCCCUACACGUCACCGAACUGUGAACACAUGGAGUCGUGCUGAAGAUCAGAACAAAAACACACUGAUGGGUGGAGUUUAUAGCAAUACUCCUGCCCCACGAGAGAGAGAGAAAGUGGAAUUCAAGACAGAAAAAGCGUUUGUCACUCCAUUAAACAAUUAACAGGGAAAUCUAUUAUGUCUGUUAAACUGUUUCCACUUGAUUAGGGUUUACUUGACCAGUUGGCGAGUUUGCAGUCAUCUUUCCAUUAUUUACAUCCCCCAGUCAUCUUCUCCUCUCUCGCUUCGGUCUCAUUUGCUUUUUCGAGGGGUUUUGACUGCAUUCAUUCACACAGAUGAGAGAAAAUGGCUUACGCCUGGCAAGCCGAGGGCCAUGUGGAACCAACGCAUGGUCAACACCACUGCCGCGGAGGAGUGGACGGCGACCUGUGCCUCUGUUGUUCCUCCAAACACGACCUCUGCCCGAGACACUGAGUGGCAAACAACAGCACUGAACACACACAGACUGACAUAUGACUCCUGUGCCUUCAUUACGAAUCCUGCUUUGAACACGUCAUCACCUCAGUCACUGCCUUUGAGAUGCACAGUUUCUGUGUGUGUGUGUGUGUGUGUGCGUGUGUGUGUGUACAUGAAAUGUGCCUGCUCUUUUGUGCCAAGCUGCCUGGGCAUUUAAAAGAUUAAUUAACAGAAAAAUUUAAAUUAUGUACUCAACCUCAUGUCGCUGCAAACCUAUAUAUAUAUAUAUAUAUAUAUAUAUACACACACACACACACACACACACACACACACACACACACAGUGCUUUGAAAAAGUAUUUGCCCCAUCCUGAUUUCUUCUGUUUUUGUGUAUACAAUAUAUCAUACUAAAGUGUUUCAAAAAUUCAAACAAAAUCUAACAUAAAACAAAGGCAAUCUGAGUAAACAUAAAAAAGAGUUUUAAAUGAUAUUGUUAUUUAUUGAAGCAAAAAAAGUUAUCCAAUACAAACUGGGCCUGUAUUGCCCCCUUAGUUACUAAAUCCCCAAAUCUAUGAAACUGCAUUCAUAAUGGGGUUCAGCUGGACUAGACACACCCAGGCCUGAUUACUGCCAGCCCUGAUCAAUCAAAUCAACACCUAAAUAGCAUCAUGUUAGCAGCAUGAAGUUGGCUAAAAGGUCUCAGCCAGUAGCACACUAUGCCAAGGCUGGAAGAAAUUCCAGAAAUGAUGAGGGAAAAAGGUGAUUGAAAUACAUCAGUCUGGCUAGGGUUACAAAGUGAUUUCAAAGGCUCUGGGUCUCCAAAGAACCACAGUGAAUGCCAUUAUCUCCAAAUGGAGAAAACCUCACACAGUAGUGAACCUUCCCAGAAGUGUCGGACCUUCUAAAAUUCCAAAAUGAGUGAUGACUCAUCCAGGAAGUCACAAAUAAGCCAAGGACAGCAUCCAAGGAACUGCAGGCCUCACUUGCAUCAAUAAAGGUCACUGUUCAUGACUCCACUAUCAGAAAGACACUGGCCAAAAAUAGUAUCCAUGGAAGAGUGGUGAAAACCACUGCUAACCCAGAAGAACAUUAAGGCUCGUCUGAAUUUUGCCAAAACGCACCUCAAUGCCAAAACACAGAUGAUCCUCAAACCUUUUGGGAGAAUGUUCUGUGGAUUGAUGAUUCAAUAGUGGAACUGUUUGGAAGACAGGGGUCCCGUUACAUCUGCCGUAAAUCAAACACAGAAUUCCACAAAAAGAACAUCAUACCUACGGUCAAGCAUGAUGGUGGUCAUGUGAUGGUGUGAGGAUGCUUUGCUGCUUCAGGGCCAGGACGACUUGCAAUAAUUAAGGGAAACAUGAAUCCUGUUCUCUAUCAGAAAAUCCUAAAGGAGAACGUCCGGUCAUCAGUCUGUGAGUCGAAGCUCAAGCGCAACUGGAUUAUGCAGCAAGACAAUGAUCCAAAGUAUAGGAGUAAGUCCACCUCUGAAUGGCUCAAAAGAAGCAAAAUGUAAGUUUUGGAGUGGCCUAGUCAAAGUCCUGACUUGAACCCGUUUGAAAUGCUGUGGCAGGACUUUAAACGGGUAGUUCAUGCUUGAAAACCCUACAGUGUGACUGAACUAAAGCAGUUCUGCAAAGAAGAGUGGGCCAAAAUUCCACCACAGUGUUGUGAAAGACUGAUCUUCAGUUAUCUGAAGCGUUUGGUUGCAGUUGUUGCUGCUAAAGGUGGCAGUUCGUUUUUCACAUGGUUGAUAUAGGUGUUGGAUAACUUUUUUGCUUAAAUAUAUAUAUAUUUGAAAAUUUUAUUUUGUGUUUACUCAGGUUGCCUUCGUUUAUGUUAUAUCUCAUUUGAAGAUCUAAAACAAUUUAGUAUGAAAAAUACACAAAAAUCAGGAAAAGGGCAAAUACUUUUUCACAGCACUGUAUAUAUAUAUAUUUAUAUAUAUAUAUAUAUAUAUACAUAUAUAUAUAUAUAAUCAAAUACAUUUAUAUGGAAAAGAGAAGCCAGGACAUUCUUAAAAAUUUAAUGUUUUUGUGUUCCACUGAAAAAAAUAGCAGCAUAUGGGUUUAGAACAUGAGGGUGAGUUAUUAUGCCUUUUUCAUUUUUACAUGAAGCGCUGAUUAAAUGCCUGAACUAGUGGCAGCAGUCGGCAGAACAUUGGUGGCACAAAAGUGGCUUAGUUCACUAAACAAAGUGGCAUUGUGACGCCACACGAAAAGUCUGCUGCACAUAGAUGGACUAUUUUCACAAAUGUAUAUUUUGCAUAUAUUUCACAUUAAGUACAUAAAUGAGAUCUCUCUGGCCAGGGUCAGAGAGGUCAUUACGAUCUGACAGCAGCAUGAACGGGGUUCUCAGUCCUGAAUUCCGCUUUCUACGCUCUUCAGACUUAGGUUUGUCUCUGGACGAGCACUGAAAACCGCAGAAGCGUUGGGUGCCUUCCUGCCUUAAACAUUGCUUAACAUGGAGCAGACAUACCUUUUUAUGUCUCUCAGGAGACCCUUAAGGGACUCUAGAGGUGGGCUGAUGUGUGCAGGGGUGAAAGGUCAAGCCUGGAUGUGCUGGACUCAACCAGGCCCAUGAGAGACCACCUGUGUUUGUCCUGCAGUGAGUUUGUUUUUGUGUGUGACACUGUGUCUUAACCAGGGACAACACGACAAGGGACAGGACGGGGUUUUUUUUGUGUGUGUGUUUUUUUUUAGAGUGCAACAGUUGGGCUCCAGAAGUAAAAAUCUCAUUAAUUUACUCAACAGGUGAAUAGAUUUUUAUUGAUAACUUAUAAACUUUAAUUACAAACCUACUGAGCUCUGAGGUUGUUAAUGGUAUAUGCUUCCACUGAAGCCAUUAUUUCACGUUUAAUAGUGGAAUUUGCGGUGAAUAACUACACCACCCAUGAUCCUGCAGAGAAAGAUUCACCAAUCAUAGAAUUGCGCUAAACAAUGUGCGCCAACAGAGCUCUGCAGCGAUGUUGGUUUCCCUACACUCUCAAACUACUUACUGGAUAUAUUUGUAUAUAUCUGAAUAUUUUGCAAAACGUUUAAAAUAUAUUGUUUGUAUCCUUAUAAUCAACUAAUUUAAAUUAGUAGUUUCAUAUUUUUCCUUUGAUUUUUUAUUUGAUUGUCUUUUGCAGUGCUUCAUGGGAUUGUAGUUCAUUCCCUCAUUAAAGACUUUAAGUACACAGUCUCGUACUUUUGUCAGAUUUUUAAAUUUUUUUUUUUUUUUUUUUUUUUGCAUCAAAUCAAAGUUUGUUAUGUUUUGACUCACCUCAGAUCUGGUUGGUUUGGUUCAUAAAUCAUGGCUUAAAACACUUUUAUGAAGUAGUUUUUGAAAUCCCUAUGGAAAAAAUGAAUGGGCAAAGCACUUCCGGAAACAAGACGGCUGUAAAAGUGGGUGAGCACUGUUGCGAUCUAUUUCUGUGGAUGCGUUGGGAUGUCCCAUAGUGAAAUCUGUUUGGUCCUAGGAUUCCGAAGGAUCAUGGAAAACCUGAAAAUAUCAGGGAAUUUUAAAGUUGUGAUUUCUAGACCUGGAAAAGCCUUGUAAAUUGAUAAGAUCUUUAAAAGUCAUGGAAAUUUCAUUAGUCAUUCAUAUUUUUUAUAGUUAUGCUCAGCUCAGAAGUAUUUCAUUGGCUAGAAAUUGCUCUUUGUGAGCAUGAUCUCUAUAAAAAAUUAAUAUUAGAAAUCCUUAUCUAGUUAUUACAAAGGACUGGAAAAUAAAUGAAUUGGUUUAAAGGUGAGGGAACCCUGUGGUCCAAAAUACUGCUCCACUGUAUACUGUAUAUUAAACAUCAAAUAUGUUCUGAUUGUCUGUGAUUGUGUCACAUCAUACAGUAUUUUUGUGUGGACAAAAAAUUACUCGCCGCUGGAAUCUUGUUAUGUCCUACCUGGUUUGGACGCAGUGUGUGUAAGUGGAAGAGAGGGUCUGUGUGUGUGUAUACAUGUUCAUGUACACCAGUGGCAGGACCACCGUGUGUCUGUAAGUGUAUGUGUUUGUGUCUGUGUGUUUAUAGCGUGAUUGUGUAUGUGCAGACCUGCAGCAGCCAUGAAUUGCUCAACACUGCUCUCUUACAGAACAACUCUCUUUCUGUGUCCCAAAUCGUAGAAAGCUGUUUUGCUGUCUACUGUCUACAUAGGCAGUUGUCUUCUAAAGGUGCGUUCACACUGGUUUAGUGACCUGAAGUCCUUCAUUUUCUUUGCGAGUUGCCAGUUCAUGGCAAAAUGUUGCAGAUGCGGCAACGUUUAGCAUGCAUGUGAUGCCUUAAAAUGCUGUGUAGGCAGCUCACUACGUUUGGGAACAGAGCCUGUGUGUGUUUGAGUAUGUGUGCACAUAUACACUCUCUUGUUACAUACACAUCUACUCUAAUACUACUGAAUUACAUACAGAAACAGGCAACAUUGGUUUCCCCUGACCUGAGUGACUUGUGAGAGAUUUCUUGAAAUCCAGUGAUUCAUAUCUGCAAAGCAGACUGAAACUCUUCUGAUUUAACCAUGUGAAAAUGUGUUUUGCUGACUGAUUACUGAAGCACAUAAAGUCAUUAUACCCUUGUUUUUGGAAAAGGAGGAUUGCUAACAGAAUAGAUUGUAAGAUUUAGUUAAAGGAACAUUCUGGCUUAAAUGCAACUUUUACAAGCUAUAUCUGGAUAGCAUAGGUGGCAUGCUGCCGAUCACUACAAGAAGUGAUGGUGACGCAUCCCACGGGUUGGAAAGUCAAACAAAAAAUGUGCUGCGCAGCUAUGUACUUACAGUGGAAGUCUAUGGGACAAGUGUGUACUGGUUGGCCCAUAGACUUCUAUUGUAAGUGCAUUUGUUUGUAUUUUUACAAACUGAGGUAUGAUUUGAAAUUACUGUCUGUGGUAAUCAACUGCAUGAAUGUUCAAUAUAAUGACAGAAUAUUUCUUUUAAAAAAGAAAUAUUCAGAUCAUUUUCAGAUCAUUCCCAGAGUGUAUCGUUUAAUAAAAAUGCGUAAUACUUUUCUCCACGUUGUCUUAAUCGACUUUUAAACGUACUACUAUUGCAUAGCACAGCGCUAGAGUCCAUGUAAAUAAACAGUUUAGAAUGUAUUUUCUGCAUCUAUCAGAGAUUCCAAUGAACGGUAGAUUUCUUUCAGUUAGUUCUUUUAAAAAAAAAAAAAAAUGCACAUUUUAUGUUCUGUUGCAUCACUUUUUUUAUCAUACAAUGUUUUGAUUUCCUAGAUAUUUCAUAAAGAAAAAGCAAAGUAGAUUUAUUUAUCUAAACGUGAAAAGUUUAAAGUUAUUUAAUGUAUGAAAAGUCGGGACUUAUCAUUUAAACGUAGAUUUAUGUAAUCUGCUUUUUAAAUAAAGUGGUUUUUGUAGUUAACUUAAACAGUGUGACUGUGACUUUAUUUGUUGUUGGGUCAUUCGACAAAAAAAGAUGUUUAUAUUUCCAACAUUUACUUUUGGUCUGUCCAAGUAUGGACAUUUUAAUUUGAUUUUAUAUUUUAAUUGACAUAAUAUAUUAUUAUAUAAUAUUAUAUAUAUAUAUAUAAAGAAAACAUUAUUUUGUUUACCCCAUGUAUGUAUAAACCUUGUUACCAACUUAUGUUGCUAUGCCUUAUUAAAAUAGAAUACUAUUCUAUUAAUCAGAAACACUUAAAGUGAACUCUGACAAAAAGAACUGUAUGUCUCCUUUAAUAUAAAAUCAAUGUAUUUUUUAUUUAUUUAUUUUUGACAGAAGGGGAAUUGUCAACCCUAUUACUGUAAUUUUAUAAUGCUAUCAGUUGGUUGUUGAAUAAUGGUUAUUUGUAGAAAUAUCCACUUUAAAUUCUCCUUUUGAUAAGCACCAUGAGCUUGAGUAAAAGGCUAGUAGUAGUUAAAUUACCCUAAACUGGCAACCCUGUUACUGUAAUUUUCUAAAGGCAUAUACCAAUAUACAUUGAUAUAUAUUAAUUAAGCUUGAGAUGACAUAAUGCACAUUUUAAUACUUCUUUUUGGAAUGGAAGUCACCCAUUUCAUAAAACGUCCCAGUUACAUUUCACAAUGUCUGAUUACUUAUCUUUCGUGAAGUCAAUGGCUUGUUAAGAAGCGGUCAGACUAGAGUUUGUUACAUUUACUUCCAUUAAUUGGUAUGUGGAUGUCACAUCAUCAGCUGUCUCUUCUCCUAGCCAGUUCACACGAUCCUCAUCCCCUGAAUACUAACCCCUCACUGGACUACAACCCCCAUCAUGCAUUGCCUCCUGCCAUUAUCUCUCACACCUGUUCAUUAUUACUCAUUAUCUGUGUAUUUAAGCCCUGGAGUUCUAGCAUUCUGUGCAAAGUCUUGCCAGUUCUUUCUCAGUCUGCAAUUCUAAGUGUUUAUCCUUGUUUUGGAUUUUGACCUGUGCCUGUUUAUUGUUGAUUUUGCCUCAGAGUUUCUCCUUUUGGAUUUGUCUGCCUCACUGGACUGCUUUCUGGUUUUUGAACCUUUUUGCCUGUUUGAUCACACUAUUAAACCUGCAUAUGGAUCCUACAUCUGCCUCUCAGUCUGAUUUGUUACAGAAGACUUCGCCUCCAAUGGAUCCAGCAGAUUUGUCGUCUUUACAUAAGCAUUCGAUGAUCAUUCAGGUCUACUAGCCUCCCACCACCAUCGGCUGGAACAACUCUCUACCACUAUGGAAGAAGUAUUAAGUUAUUUACGGGCGGCUCCUCCCAGUAGACCCUCAGGGCUGAGUGAUACUGCGGCACCGGUGGCCCCACAACCUGUAUCACCUAGCACUCCUCCACAGUUGCAGUACUCUCAUCCUCCACCUGGCUCUUCCAGGAAAAUGUAAUGGCACUCCUGGUCAGUGUGAGGGUUUUCUGCUGCAAUGUUCCAUAUAUAUUGCUAUGGGCCCGAAGAAUGUUCCUGGGUAUCUGCAGAGGACAUUUUAGACCCUUCUCUCAUUGCAGAAUAUCACCUAGCUCAUCCUAAUCGCCCUGCUCCCAGACCUAGAGGCCGACCCCCGGCAAGCCCUCAAAGGGGCCCUAAAAGUGGGGGUACUGUCACGUGAUCUGUCUCUUCUCCCAGCCAGUUCACACGAUCCUCAUCCCCUCCUUUUGGAUUUGUCUGCCUCACUGGACUGCUUUCUGUUUUUUGACCUUUUUGCCAGUUUGGUUACUCUAUUAAACCUGCAUAUGGAUCCUACAUCUGACUCUCAGUCUGUUUCGUUACAGUGGAAGAGUGGAAACAACGCAUUUAAGUUUGGUGAACAAUAACCUGUGAAUUUGUAGCGAAAAGACGUUCGACCAUUUGAAUAUCUAAACGUCACAGAUUAACCUGCUGGAUCAGUACAAAGAAUACAAACUUCAAAUCUGCAUGGUAUUGCAGGAAAGUGGAGUAAAUAGAAUAUUUUUAGCCUUUUGAAUACACUUUUAUCUUCUGUCGUCCAUCAUCAAGAUUCCAGCAGUUUUGCAUCAGAAAUGCCUUGUUUUACAGUGGUUUCCUGUGGCAUCUGUGGGUCCGUGUGUUUACUCGGCAGUGAUAUCAGUCCACAUCAGUGUGUGUGUGUGUGUGUGUGUGUGUGCAUUUACGCUGUAAUCACUGGCCUGCACGCAAACACUCUGCUGUUAGGGGUAUUCCAGAGAGAGACCCGCCACACCCUGAUGCCUGAUAAAGCUCUGUCCGAGAUAUUAGCCAACAUCCGCUGCAAUGUACUAGUUUUACAAGUGAAAUAAAAAAAAAAA